CCUUUUUUAGUUGACAUGUGGAAAUGAGAUAAAAUGUCUGGAGACUCGGAGUCAUGGUAUAGCAGAUUGAGAAAUCUGAUCCUCAAUGCAAAUAUUGGCAACCCCUCAAGUGACUCCGUUUUCUCAACUCUGCCGGAGGUAUCAACAUCAAUUUCUCUGAAUGAUGGAACUGAUCAUCUUUCGCCUCCAUACGGAUCGCCACAUGUGUCAAUAAGUGGAGAAUUUCUCGAAACAGGAAACAGAAGUGGAUGGCUCGCUUUGCACGAAGCGGCGGCUAGAAACGAUUCAGAGGUUUUGGCAUUCCUGCUCAAACAUGCCGGGACAUUUAUUGAUGUCCUGACCGAAGAAAACGAAACUCCGCUCUUUCUGGCAGUCAAGCAUGGGCACUUGGCGGUUGCUAAGCAGCUAAUCAAAGCCCACUCGAGCCUGAACAUCGCGAAUAUUGACGGAUUGACUGCCUUAUCUGUGGCUGUACAAAACGAUAAUUUGGAAAUGAUCAGUCUCCUACUGAAGGAGAGUGACUGUAAUGUGGACCACAGAGAGCACCACGGCUGGGCGGCCUUACACGAGGCAGCUCGUCAGGGGAAAAGGCAGGUCAUCAACAUGUUGCUGAAAGCAAGGGCUCAAACAAACAUACUGACAAAUUUAGGAGAGACGCCCAUCUAUAUAGCUUGUAAGUAUGGCCAUGUAUCUUGUGUGGAAAUUCUAUUACGACACGACGGUAGAGCCAACAUCGCCAACAGUAUUUCGGGACAAACUCCGCUCUUCAUUGCUGCAAACAAGAACCACGUGGACUGUGUCAACUUCCUUAUUAAUUAUGCGGCAGAUCCGAAUAUCAGCAAUAAAGACGGACUCCUUCCAUUACAUACGGCUGUGUGGGCUAAUAGCAUUUCAUGUUUGAAGGCUCUUAUUCCGGUUACAGAUAGGAAAAAAAUUGAGAGCUACUCUGGCAUGACUCCUGUACAACUAGCAGUAUUCAAGCACAACGUUGAGGCUUUGCAGGUUCUUAUUGAACACAACUUUGACGUCAACGCAGUUGCAUCUAGCAGUCCCGAAGAGAUUUCCUCUCCUAGUCAAAAUGGAUCGGCCACUUACACUUUCACACACUUUGGAUCGGUAACCAAUCUGCGUCUUAAGACACCUCUGUUCCUCGCUUCUCUAUGGAACCACGAGACUUGCAUCAAGCUACUUCUAGACGCCAAUUCAGAUCCCAAUCGGAAUGACCCGCUCAAGUUCUGUAUCAGCAAUAACAGAAUCGAUAUGUGCAAUUUAUUGGUUAGACAUGGUGCUACAAUUAGACCACGCCAUAUGUACAUGGCGAAAAGUAACGAAAUGUUGCAGCUGCUUUUGUCCUGUGGUCUUGACCCGACAUCAUUAUUUGCUAACUGUAAAGACAGUCAUAGCGACAACGAACAUUGCGCUUUGAUAGAUGAUUGGUUGAUUAAACAUUUCGCGACACCUGCUCAAACUUUGCGCUUGGUUCUUAGUCUGACCGGAAACGUGAACAAGUGUAUGCGCUUUGAACAAAUGUUUAGUCAUGUUUUGCCGAAUGAGCCAAGGAAACUGAAAAAUUUGGUUCGCAUUUUCAUCCGGUCGCAGUUUUCGGCACAGCAAUUGAUUCAGUCAAGAGGGUUCUUUGCUCUUUUGAAUUUGCCUGGAACUUUGCAAGAAUUUCUAUGCUGUCCAGAUUUAGUAAUUUGAUAUGAAUGAGAAAACUAACUUAUUGCAUUUUAUAUCAUUGACUGCAAAUCGUAAUGAAAGUCAUAUUAGGCUUCAGAAUUGCUGUAGUUAGUUUCAAUGUCAAUUUUUAAAGCGUUCCCACAGAAUGCGUUAAAUUUUCAAUUCAGUUUAUUCUCUUUG